GGUUGUUGGACGUGCUGGUUCAUCAGGGGGAUAGCCAACUCCACAGAAAUCGGACAUUUACCCCAUACGGAAGGGACGAAUAAACAUAGAGCACCUACGUGAUAUGAGAGCGAAUAGAGCAACAUGUUUAAAUCCUACUAAAUGUGUUGUAGAAAUCACGUCUCUAGUGUUGUGGGAGGACCAAAAGCUUAAUGUCGGAGCUUUAUUAAGAGAGCCUGAAGGCAUCUUGAGCUCGCGACUCGGCUGGUCAGUUUCUCCGCUGUGUGAAGUGGAGACGGAGCUGCUAGCGAGUCCGUGACUCAAGCUACAACUCUGACAGACUCUUAAACACUAUGGAAGAGUUUUACCUGGAGCAAAAGACAGACGGAAAGCGAGAAACCUGUUGAGGCUGGCUGCUCGGUCGCCUGUCACGCUUUCUGGAUGUUAGUUUUGGGAAAAAUUGUGUUUUCUCUCUCUCAAGUAAAAUUCACUGUCUGAACUGCUUUGUAUUAUCCCAGCUCAGACAGAAAGAUCUAAAAUUCCCACAAUGACGAUCCUGGAGGACGGCGACAUGCAGACCUUUGGCUCUGAGCUGCCGGCCAUGUUUGACGGCAUGAAGCUGGCCGCAGUGGCCGCCAUCCUGUACGUCAUCGUGCGCUGUCUCAACCUGACCAGCCCGACCGCAGCCCCGCAGAUCAUCAGCCAGGACACGCCGCUCUGCCGCUACCUGCUCAAGUCCUGCCCCAUGCUGUCCAAAGAGUACAUCCCUCCUUUGCUUUGGGGAAAGAGCGGUCACCUCCAGACGGCUCUGUACGGCAAGAUGGGGCGCGUCAGUACUCCAACACCCUGCGGGCUUCGCAAAUUCCUCCCAAUGCAGGAUGGAGCCACAGCCACCUUUGACCUCUUUGAAGCUCUAGGAAAGCACAGCACAGGAGACGAUGUUACCAUGGUAAUCUGCCCUGGGAUUGGUAACCAUAGCGAGAAGAACUACAUUCGAACCUUUGUGGAUUACUCCCAGCGGCAGGGUUACCGCUGCGCCGUCUUGAACCAUCUGGGAGCUCUUCCUGACAUGGAGCUCACCUCGCCGCGCAUGUUUACCUACGGGUGCACUUGGGAGUUUGGGGCCAUGGUGGCCUACAUCAAGCGCGCUUUCCCCCAAACGCAGCUCGUGGUGGUGGGCUUCAGUCUGGGGGGAAACAUAGCGUGUAAGUUCCUGGGAGAAAAUCGAUCCAACCAGGAGCAGGUGCUGUGUUGCAUCAGCGUCUGCCAGGGAUACAACGCUCUCAGGGCACAGGAAACAUUCCUUCAGUGGGACCAGUGUCGGAGGCUUUAUAACUUAGUGCUGGCAGGCAACAUGAAGAAGCUCAUCCUGUCACACAGGGGCAGCUUGUUGACCUCCAGCAACAUUGGAGACACAGACCUCAACAAACUGUGCGCAGCCACGUCUCUGAUGCAGAUAGAUGACAACAUCAUGAGGAAAUUCCACGGCUACAACUCCUUGAGGGAGUAUUACGAGAAGGAGAGCUGUGUGCACUACGUCCACAACGUAUCUGUGCCGCUCCUCCUGGUCAACUCCUCUGACGACCCUCUAGUUCAUCGGUCACUUCUGGCUAUACCAUACAUGCUUACAGAGAAAAUGCCCAACAUGAUGUUCGCCCUGACUGAGCACGGGGGCCACAUGGGCUUCUUUGAGGGGGCCGUUCUUUUCCCACAUCCCCUCACCUGGAUGGACAAGGUCAUAGUGGAGUACACUGACGCCAUCUGCCACUGGAAGAAAAAGCAGCAGGCCUGCCAGGGGAGCGGAAACUCAAACUCAACCUCCCCUCAGGACUAAAACUAAACCUCAGCGGGUGAUUCUAAGACUUGACCAGCAGCACGGUCAACCCGAGGCCUUCAGAUCUGCUGGGUCAGUUUACGUACUCUGCAGAGCGCCAGCUAAUUAUUCGUUACUAACGCCGAUGAAAGCACUUGAUCAGACCAACUAACGGAUGCUAAUAUAUUUGUAUUUAAGCCUGCAUAAAAUUCUGUGAAGUUUUACGUAGAAAAGUCCUGUAGAGAUUAAGACCGACAUUCGUUCCUGUUGCAAAACUUGUGGGUUUCCGAUCAGAACCACCAGGACUGGUUUUAUUGUUUACACUGUUUUCAGAUGUCCUAAUUUCCCUAAAAUGACUAAACAUAUAUCAGCUGCUCAGAACACUUUAUUUAAAAAAAAAACAACUUUUAAACCUAAACUGUUGUGUACAAUCAUUAGGACAUCCUGACUGUACUAUACUAUAUGAGCACUUUAAACCAACAUGUUUUUUGCAUAGUAACACAGACAUUGCACAGCUUGCACCAUUCCAAGAACACCUUAAUUUAUUUAACUGUGGUUUUCACUUUAAUCCUACAAAACGAUACAAUCAACCCAUUACUUUGUUUUUGUUUUCUGGUCUCUUUCAGCUCCAUUAAAGGCUACAAGUAGCUUGUGGCUUAGCGAGCGCUUCGGAUUAGAGAUAAAUGCAAGAUUGAAAUAGUUUGGGAGGUUUAUUUUUAAUCUGGUAGCGUAGCUUAGCGUUCCCCUCAUUAGCUAAAAAUACUUAAAACAAAAGCAGAAAGUUGCAUAAUUUCUCACAGUAACAUUAUUGUGUCAGAAACAAAGGCAAGAUUUGAAUUUGGAAAUAGUUUUCAUGUAGUUUUUUUUUUAUUUUUUAAAUCAAUUGUUCGCUAUGCUGUUAAAUAAGAGUCCUGAAUUUUUGAAGCAAACUUCUGCUGAAGAGGUCUGAGUAGUUAACAUCUUGCCUGCGGUACAAAAGUCAAGUCUGCAGUAGACCUGAUUAGUCUACUGCAGCACCGAGCAAAACAUGUAGAGCUUCCAGUCAGACAUAAAUCCCAACAAAUAAAAUGUUCUCACAGGUUCUGUCUAGAAAUAUCUCACAUGAUCUGUGGAGGGUAGUCAGUGAGGCACCAUCCCCUCUUUCCGUUUUCCAUUUCAACAAUCAUUAGCUUCUGCCAAAUGCAGCUGAAGACAGAGUAAGGUUCAUAAAGUGCUUUUCAAAAAUAACCACCUUGACAUUUUUGUCUGAAGACGUUUCAGCCUCCAGAAGCUUCUAGUCUGUAUUUAUGCCAAAGAUGCUUGGAAAGUUUUAAGCCACAGGUAAGAUAUUAACUGCUUAUGAUCUCACAGAACCCCUCUUUCAAAAAGAAAUCUGCUGUUUCUUUAAGAAAUGUUUAUUAUUUUGUGCAAUUGUAUAUUUUAUAUGCUGUUCAAAUGAAGAGGUGGGUGUUACUGAAAGUCAGUAGAUGAUUCUGUUUUUUUAUGCCUCUAUUGUUGAUCAAUAAUCGUUUUUGUCUUUGUUAAACAUGAAUCUCUACGGGUCUGUAACAAAAAGAUUUAAUCAACCCUCUGCUUUAUAGAUCUCGUCAUUCAUGAUUUGUUCUCAACAAUUCUUAAUAAAAUGCAAAAGUUAUAUUUA